CUGCAGCCGGGGCGGGGAUGGGGCGGCUGGGAUCGGGGCCGGGAGGUGUGGCUGGAGCCGGGGCGCCUGAAACCCGGGUGGUGCGGCCAGGGUUGGGCCGUGCGACUGCAGCCGAGGCGCUCCCGGCGGCAAUGGCUUCAGCAACAGCACUGAUUUAUGAUGAGGAGAUGACCACUCAUAAACUUCUUUGGAAUGAUCCUGUUUGUGAUAUUGAAGUGCCAGAAAGACUGUCAUCCUCCUAUGAGCAGCUUAAGCAUUACCAUCUUGUGGAGAGAUGUGUCCGUGUCCCUGCCAGGGAAGGAAGCGAGGAGGAGAUCCUGUUGGUUCACAGUUUGGAACACUUGGAAGUGGCAAAAAGCACCCAGACAAUGAAUGAAGAGGAACUGAAAAGAGUCUCUGGAAAUUAUGAUGCUUUUUUUUUUCAUCCGAACACUUAUCGCUGUGCCAGACUAGCAGUAGGAGCAACUUUGCAGCUAGUGGACGCUGUGAUGUCGGGAAAAGUGUGCAAUGGAAUGGCAUUAGUGAGACCUCCAGGUCACCACAGCCAGAAAAAUGCAGCUAAUGGGUUCUGUUUGUUCAACAAUGUUGCUAUUGCAGCAGAAUAUGCAAAACUGAAAUAUGGUCUGCAAAGAAUCCUAAUUGUUGAUUGGGAUGUGCACCACGGGCAAGGAACUCAAUAUAUAUUUGAAGAGGAUCCAAGUGUUUUGUAUUUUUCCUGGCAUCGCUAUGAACAUCAGGAAUUCUGGCCAUCUCUCAAAGAAUCUGAUUAUAAUGCUGUGGGUCUGGGAAAAGGAAAAGGGUUUAACAUAAACUUGCCUUGGAAUAAGGUUGGGAUGGGAAAUUCAGAUUAUCUUGCUGCAUUUUUCCAUGUGCUGCUUCCAAUGGCUUUUGAGUUUGAUCCUGAACUGGUUCUUGUCUCCUCUGGGUAUGAUUCUGGAAUUGGAGACCCUGAAGGUCAGAUGAAUGCCACUCCUGAGGUUUUUGCCCACCUUACCCAUUUCCUGAUGCAGCUGGCUAAUGGAAAGCUGUGUGUCAUCCUAGAGGGUGGAUACCACUUAAAGUCGUUGUCUGAAUCGGUCUGCAUGACUGUAAAAAGUUUGCUUGGAGAUCCUGUACCUCAGAUAACUGGAGAAAUGGCACCUUGCCUAAGUGCAAUUGAAUCUAUCCAAAACGUGAGAGCAGCACAUAAACCCUACUGGAAAUGUUUGAUGUAUGAAGACACAUCAUUUUUACAAAAUUUGAGCACCAAAUUGCACUUAAUGAAGAAGGAUAAUCCAAAUCCCUCCUCUGAACAUGAAUCUAAGAUAACGAACAAUGAUGAAACCAUCGAAGUAGAAAAGUUUCUGGAACUGCACAUGAAAAAUAUUCUAUUUCCAGUGCCUCCCAUCAGAACAGCAAUGUCUACUGACUCUGAAGGUUCAGCACAUUUACUCCCUGUACCCGUUCAUUUAGUGAAGGAGAUGGACAAAACUGAACUAAAAACUCUUGUCAGUGGCUUUUAUGCAGACCUUGUGAAAGACAGCAAAACUUUGCUCUCUCUUGGCGGUAUGUUGGCUGUCCUAGAUAAAACACUUAAGAAGGAGGUAUGCAAUGGAAUUGCAGCAUCACCCACAUCUUCUGUUGCUGUUGCACUAAGACAUUCUGUUCGUUUUGGAUUUCAAAGAGUGCUUUGUGUAUUUGUGGGAGACAUGCAAAUCAUACCGAACACAGAAGAUGGAAGAGUACUCACAAUACAAAUUUGUGAGAAAGAACAGUCUGGAAAGAGCAGCUCCAAACACUAUAUUACUUUAAACUGGAAAGAGGAUGCUGAAGGAAAUGACUUCUUUUCUGCUGUACUUGGAUUCAUUCUUCCUGUAGCAUACAGUUAUCAACCUGACUUGACAGUAGUAGCUGUCGGACCAAACAGGAGCCUUGGGAUAAGUGGGAUUUCUCUGCUUUUUGCAUUAUUACAAGCAUUAGCUGAAUCUCGAAUUUUUGCAGUGAUUGAGGACACAGAUACAAAUUUAAUGCAAAGUGUAGCCAAAGCAUUAGCAGGUGCUUCUACACCUCACUUUGGAGUUUAUGUACCUCCUACCCAAGAAAAAGUAAAUAAAAUAAAAAUAUUAAGAGAACAGUUUCAGCAGGAAUGGAAAAUGCUUCAGUGUGGAGGUAAGUUGCUUGUUUUUAUCUUUAGUUCUUAUUAAAAUAUGCAAGAUUCUCAAAAGAUGAUGAAAUCCAUCUGGAUCCUCUAAGUCAGUGAGAUAUUAAAGUCAUUGGGAACAUACUGAUCUAAUGUGAAAGAGAUGAAACUGAACACAUUUAAUUCUGCCAUUUGAGCCACAAAGCACCAAACUUCAUAGCAUAACAACUGUGCCCUUGGGAACUUUGAGUACUGUUACUCCACAAUUUUGAAAUGAGACUACCAAAACAUUAAGCAUUUGAAGAAUGGUUAAUAAGAUCUGCACUGAUGUCCUGGGUUUGGCAGAGGGGGGAGUUCAUUUUUGCAGGAAGCAGGGAGUGGACACAGCUGGGGCAGGUCUCCUAAGCUGGCCAAAGGGAUAUUCCAUACCUUAUGACAUCAUGCUCAGUAUAUAAGAAGGCGUCGUUGGCGGGGUUGGUGACAGCAACCAGUUUGAGGCUUGGAAGCAUGUCAGGCACUGCCUUCCAGGCAGUGAACAAUAUGCAUUGUGUAUCAUCUGUUUUGUAUAUUCCUUCACUGUUAGUAACGUUGUAUUCUCUCUCCCUUUGCUGCCCUGUUAAACUGGUAUUAUCCCAAACCGUGAGUUUUACCAUCUCUGUUUCCGGUUCUUCUCCCUAUCUCACUGGGGAGAGGAGUGAAUGAACAGCCACGCAGUUCUUUGCUGUUGGCUGAGGCAAAGCUACAGCAACUGGCCCUGACUGCUAACCUGUUUUCUGAAUGUAGUGCAGAGUCAGGUUGUUUUUGUUGAUAUUUAACUUGUCCACAAAUCGCUUAACUCCAUAGUGGUUAGACAUGCUUAAAGUACGUCAGUAAAGUAAAGAGGAUCAGUUGCUGCAUUUGUGUAGGAAUCAGGUUAGGCAGGUGUGUAUGUUUUCAAGCAUAUUUGUCGAGAAACAUUUCUCUGCUGAAUAACUUGGGUUUCAACAAAAAAAGCAAUGAUAGAGGUGGGCAUCUCUCUCUGGAAGAAAAUGCCCCUCUUGCUCUCAGAAGAAAUGGCCAAGAGCAGUGGUCUGGUUCCAAUAAAAGUGUUCUUAUGGGGCUGGAAAUUGUGGUGUGAGCCUGAUGAGGAACUGUAUUUCUUAUUGCUGUUCUUUUCAGUGAAGGACGGGAUUCCAACAAAUUGACUUUGCUUCAGAAUUAUUUUACACAGCAGAAGAAAAAAAAAAACCAACGUGGUGCUAUUCACAUUGCCUUUUAAAUCAUCAGGAAAAGACACGCUUAAAAUCCAUAUUUUCAGCUGGAGAAUUGUGCUUGCGAAUUCUAUAUUAGCACUAAUUAUUCAAGAGUGACACUUGAAAACUCCCGUACUUCAUUACUGCAAAAUGAGGUCUGUGUCAUUUGUGACACCGUAAAGUCAGGCUUGCGUAUGCAGUAGCUUGACUGCAUUAAUGUUGAGUCCAGAAGACAGGAAUCUGAAAUGAGCAAUCAUAUUAGCCGAAAUAUUUUAAUAGUAGUCACCACAAUACCAGAGUGCUUGCACUGCUGCCACCACCACCAUUUCCUUUGGAGAUUAAACUUAACAGGUCACAAAAUCAUACAAUCAUUAAGGGUUGGAAAAGACCUCUACAAUCAAGUCCAAGUGUCAGCCCAACACCACCUUGCCCACUAAUGAACACCAGAUCUCUUGCCACUCCUCAUAAGACUUGUGCUCCAGCCCCUUCACCAGCUUUGUUGCCCUCCUCUGGACAUGCUCCACUACCUCAAGGUCUUUCCAGAGUGAGGGGCGCAAAACUGAACACAGCAUUUGAGAUGUGGCUUUAUCAAUGCCAAGUACAGUCCUGCUGGCUACACUGUUUCUGGUGCAAGCUAGGAUGCUGUUGGCUGCCUUCGCCACCUGGGCAUGCUGCUGACUCAAUUGGCCAUUGACCUACACCCCUGGGUCCUCCUCUGCCAAGCAGCUUUCCAGCCACUAUUCCCCAAGCCUGUAGCGCUGCACAAGGUUAUGGCCCAAGUGCAGGAUGUGGCACUUUGCCAUGUUGAACUGCUGUCGAGAUCAGCGGGAGAAAAGCAGCAAUCGAUACGAUUGAUCAGCAAGUCUCAAAGUUUAUUCGCCUCAGGCUUCAUAUUUAUCACAUGGUUAAUAAGGCUCAUACAUAUUGCAAAAAAGCAAGCUCAUUAUUGGCUACAUCGUUAAAGGUCAGCUCCUCCUAAGAUGCAUUUUUGUGGUUUCUUGUACUUCUUUAUCUACAUCCCGUUGUUCUAUAACAGCUGUGCUUAAGGGCACUAUGGCCUUGCUUUAUAUGAAUUCUACAAAGAAACUAGUGAGAAACUAGCAGUUGUCUACGUGUCCUGUUUUAUUCCUGCUCUAUCAGCUGUAUCAUGUCUACAUGACCCUUUUGUCUAAGCUACCCUUCCACAAACUGCAUCUCGUUCGCCUCAACCCAUUGGUCCAGCCUGUCUGGGUCCCUCUGCAGAGCCUUCCUGCCUUCAAGCGUAUGACCUUCCUGCCCAAUUUGGCGUCGUCUGCAAACUUGCUGAGGGAGCACUCAUGUGAGGGUGCUUUCAGAUUAAUGAAAUUUCAUUUCAUAACCUGAUCUAAAUACUUUAAGUUUAGCCAUUUCUCAGUUUCCAAUUUAAGCUUCAGCACUUUUCAGAAUAUUUUUGUUUAUUCUGCUCUCUCCUACUCAUUCCCUUGAAAAAGAAAAUACGGAAUUCCUGCACCUGGGUGGGGCAAUCCUCUGUUUCAAUACAGGAUUGAGGAUGAUGUGAUGGAGAGCUGCCCUGCAGAGGAGGAGUUUGGGGGUGAUGAUUGAUGAGAAGCUCAAUGUGAGCUGGCAAUGUGCGUUUGCAGUCCAGAAGGCGAACCAUAUUCUGGGUGGCAUCAAAAGAAGCGUGGCUAGCAGGUCCAGGGAAGUGUUUCUGACCCUCUGUUCCUCUCUUGUGAGGCACGGCCUGUAGUAUUGUGUCUGGUUAUGGAAUCCUCAACAUAAGAAGGAUAUGGAGCUGUUGGAACAGGUCCAGAGGAGGGCUACAAAGAUGAUCAGAGGGCUGGAGCACCUCCCAUACCAGGACAGACUCAGAGAGUUGGCGUUAUUCAGCCUGGAGAAAAGAAGGCUUGGAAGAAACAUUAUGUUGACCUUCCAGUACCUGGAAGGGGCUACAAGAAAGCUGGGACUUCUAAAAAAGCUUGUAGUGAUAGGACAUGGGGCAAUGGGUAUAAACUGGAGAGGGGCAGAUUUAGACCAGACAUAAGGAAGAAUUUCUUCACAAGGUGGUGAGGCACUGACACAGGUUGCCCACGGAAGUUGCAGAUGCCCCAUCCCUGGAAGUGUUCAAGGCCAGGUUGGAUGGGGCCUUGGGCAGCCUGAUCUAGCGGGAGGUGCCCCUGCCCAUGGCGGGGGGGUGGGGGUGGAACUAAUGAUCUAUAAAGGUAUAUAAUUUUUUUUGACAAUUCAGCAUUUUCAAUGGAAAAAACAUUU